AUGCUCUACUUGGAGCUGGUGUACUUGGUGACGGCCUUGGUGCCCUCAGAGACGGCGUGCUUGGCCAGCUCGCCGGGCAGCAGGAGCCGCACGGCCGUCUGGAUCUCCCGCGAGGUGAUGAACUACGCGGAGCGGGUGGGCGCCGGCGCCCCGGUGUACCUGGCGGCCGUGCUGGAGUACCUGACGGCCGAGAUCCUGGAGCUGGCGGGCAACGCGGCCCGCGACAACAAGAAGACGCGCAUCAUCCCCCGGCACCUGCAGCUGGCCAUCCGCAACGACGAGGAGCUCAACAAGCUGCUGGGCAAGGUGGCGAUCGCGCAGGGCGGGGUGCUGCCCAACAUCCAGGCCGUCCUGCUGCCCAAGAAGACCGACAGCCACAAGGCUAAAGCCAAGUGAGCGCCCACCACCAACGCCCGGGAAGUUUUUCCCAGAGAGACCCAAAGGCUCUUUUCAGAGCCACCAACAAAUUCAGAAAAAGAGCUUGAAGUUUAUCGAAUAAAAGCAGCAGCAGCAGCGCGAUGCGUUUUGAAACAACAGCGAAACGGCCGCAGCUGCUGCGGGGGUCCGCUCCAUGCACACCUGUUCUACUCUGCGUUGCUUCCCUACCGCCGUCCGGGGGCGGGGCUGGGCGGAGCUCACGGGGUUUUCGGGAAAAGGUUCGGCCCUUCCGAACCCGCAGCCAAUCCCUGCACCGCCCCGGCUUCCCAAAGGCACCGGCGCGCUGCCGCUCCGCUCUCCCCGCUGAGCAGAGCUGAAGUUUAAAAGCGGCCCUAAAGUUUGCUACGACCGCCUGCCUGCCCCCGAAAUGAC